UGUAAAUUCCCCACUCCCCCACUCCUUACUCUCGCUCCCCCACUCAGCCGCGGAGAGUGUUCACAUGUCCUCUCACAUGGCGGUGACCGCACCCUGCUCCUUCCUCUCCCUCUCUCUCCUCCUCCUCCUCCUCCUCCUCCUCGCCAAUGGCGGCGGUGCGAGCACCGUCGAAUACCAAACCCUGGUGCUCACCCCUCUACAGAAGCCCCACGCCCUCCGCGACGAUUACCUCCUCGACGAAACCCUAGUCGACUCCGGGGCGGCAAGGGAGGGAGAGAGCGAUCUCCUCUCCACCACCGCCGCCGCCACCUCCUCCCUCCAGGUCCGCGUCGCCCACCGCGACUCGAUCCUCGCCUCCGAGGCCGCGAACUCCACGGCGGAGGAGAUCCUCCGCCUCCGCCUCGACCGCGACGCCGCCCGGGUGUCGGCGAUCCGUGCGUCCCUUGCGGCGGCGAGGUCGGGGUCGGGGUCGGGGUCGGGGUCGGGGUCGGGGUCGGGUGGGUCGAAUGCGAAUGCGACGGGGCGGGGGCGGGGGCGGGGGCGCGGGGGGUUCAGCAGCUCGGUGGUGUCGGGGCUAGCCCAGGGCAGCGGUGAGUACUUCACCCGGAUCGGGAUAGGGACCCCGGCGUCGCCCGCGUACAUGGUGCUCGACACGGGGAGCGACGUGGUGUGGCUCCAGUGCGCCCCCUGCCGCCGCUGCUACGCCCAAUCCGACCCCAUCUUCGACCCCCGCCGCCGCUCCUGCCUCUACCAGGUCUCCUACGGCGACGGCUCCGUCACCACCGGCGACUUCUCCACCGAGACCCUCACCUUCUCCGGCGGCGCCCGCGUCGGCCGCGUCGCCCUCGGCUGCGGCCACGACAACGAGGGCCUCUUCGUCGCCGCCGCGGGCCUCCUCGGCCUCGGCCGCGGCGCCCUCUCCUUCCCCUCCCAGGCCGCGCGCCGCUUCGGCCGCCGCUUCUCCUACUGCCUCGUCGACCGCACCUCCUCCUCCUCUUCUUCUUCUUCUUCCGCCGCCCCAACCCCCACCACCCCGCGCACCUCCUCCAUGGUCUUCGGCGACGCCGCGGCGGCGGCGACGGGGCCCGACGCGGCCUUCACCCCGAUGGUGCGGAACCCCAAGAUGGAGACGUUCUACUACGUGGAGGUGAACGGGAUCAGCGUGGGCGGCUCCCGCGUCCCCGCGACGGACCUGCGCCUCGACCCGUCCACGGGGCGCGGCGGCGCCAUCGUGGACUCGGGCACCUCCGUGACGCGCCUCGCGCGCGCCGCCUACGCCGCGGUGCGGGACGCCUUCCGCGCCGGCGCCGCGGCGGGGCUGGGCGGCGAGGCGGCGGAGGUGGCGGGCGGGUUCUCGCUGUUCGACACGUGCUACGACCUGGCCGGGCGGGACGAGGUGCGCGUGCCGACGGUGGCUCUCCACCUGGCCGGCGGCGCGCAGGUGUCGCUCCCCGCCGAGAACUACCUGAUCCCCGUCGACACGAAGGGCACCUUCUGCUUCGCCUUCGCCGGCACCGACUCCGGCGUCUCCAUCCUCGGCAACAUCCAGCAGCAGGGCUUCCGCGUCGUCUUCGACGGCGACCGCGACCGCCUCGGCUUCGUCCCCAAGGGAUGCUAGCUAAUUACCCCAAACCUCUACAACCUACAACGCCGUAUACGCAUACGUAACAACGUACGUAUAUAUUUACUUAUUCCUCUUUAGUUUACUACUACUACAAGCGUUUUGUUUAAGUGCUGCUGCUGCUUUUGGGUCAAAAAAAAGAAAAGAAAAAAAAAGUAUGAGAGUGGUGGUGGGGGGUUGGGGGGGGCUUCUUUUUCUUUUUAUGGAAAGGAUAGAAGAAGGGGACGUGGGGGAAAGAGAAAGCAAAAAGUUGGGGGGUGGGGGGAACAAAAUCUAACGAUGCUUCGCUGUGAACUCGUCGGACAAAUUUCUUUGGCUUUUCUAAGUUACUAGUAGUAGUAGUAGUAGUAGUAGUAGUAGUAUGAAAAGGUGGGGGGAGAAAAAAAAAAAGAAAAAAGAAGAAAAGGAGAUCAGGAAGAAGGUGUAAGGUAAUGCAUGUUUUAGUCCGGGAGUUUCCAGCGAAUUGUUGUGGUUUGAAUCCUUGAUCAUUAAUCUCACCGACAAUUUUACUGCCA